AGCGCGCGUGCGCCGCGUCUCUCCAGCCCGGCGGGAAGCGGCCCCAAGGGAGGGUCAGAUUCCAUCCGUUUCGUCACCCGGUCCGGCGCGCAGUUCCUUCACAGACUCAACCUAGGGGGACGGCAGCGCGGGGCGCCCGGGGUGGGGUUUUGGCGCCAGUCACAGGCCCCCAGCCCCUACCUCCGCAAUCUGGGGAGCGCCCCCCUCGAGCGUAAGGCAGAGUCCCUGGGCCGGCUGGGCUGCAGCCCGGGACCAUCAGCGAGGUCGCCCUAGCUCUGUGCUCAGCCUCACAAGGGCCAGCGAAGUCGCCAGGACUCCAGAGCCUGUCCGGAAGGGUUGCAGGCAGAGAGGGUAGGGUCACGACGUGCGGGACGUCGGGGUUGCUGCUACACCGCGCCUCCAAGCCACAGGCCCCCUUCCGCCCGCACUCCGCCCGGGGUCCAAGUCCGCAGCCCCAAGGCCGGGCAGGUGGAGCGCCGGGCGCGUCAUCGCAGGCCGCUCCUGAUUGGCCGGCCGCCCCGGGAUCGGCGCCGCCGGAGUAACGGGAUCCCGGCUGCGGGACGCAGUCCAGAGGAGACGCGAGAGGAGCUGAGAGCCGGGCCGGGACGCGUGCACCAUGCCCUACCUGCUCAUCAGCACUCAGAUCCGCACGGAGGUGGGCCCCACCAUGGUGGGCGAUGAGUACUCGGAUCCAGAGCUGAUGCAGCAUCUGGGAGCCGCCAAGAGAAUUGUCCUUGGAAACAACUUCUCUGAGUACUACGUCAACGACCCUCCUCGCAUCGUCCUGGACAAGCUGGAGCGCAGGGGCUUCCGGGUGCUGAGCAUGACUGGAGUGGGCCAGACGCUGGUGUGGUGCCUGCACAAGGAGUGACUCUCACGGAGGGGCUGCCCCCUGUUUCCAGUCGUCUCCUUCUUCGACUCAGCCGGCCUGGGGGGAUGGGGGCAGCAGCCCUUGCCCCCGUGUUCCCAACUGCCCUGCAGCUUCAGGCCUGGCCUUGACCAGCUGUGCUCUGUGGGUUGGCUGCCCCUGUCAGCAGCUGGGCCCCAGUGGAGGGCGCCCCAGGCCCGGGGCCUUGGAAGCUAGUCCCCCUCCCACAAUAAAAGGCUCUGCCCA